GUCAGCUCAGCCAUGGUUUGGGUUUUGUUCAGCUAAGUCUACAGGACCUUUGAAGGAUGGAGGCUCUGAAACCUGGGUGGCCCAUAAAGAGCUGCAUUACUCACCUGGAGAUUCUUUUUCUACCAUCUGGCUUGAACCUCUGAAGCUGAGACACUUGCCUAUGCCACUGGUGGUUAUCUGCCACUACGGAGAAGGAUUUGUCUGUGUCUUCAUAACUGACUUUCAAACAGCUGCAGGACUCUGACACCUGCCCAGCAGGCUGGCCCUCUGAGCCCCUGGGGCAGCCAAUAAAGCAGAGAUCAACAGCCCAGCUGACUCACCGGCAGGAAAUCCAGAGCUGCUUUUGAAUGCGGUGCAAAGCCGACUCGCUCUUGGCGUCUCAGCAGUUUCACUCCAUCACUCCGUACUUUUAUGUUUGUAUUCCCAGAGCCAUCAAGAAAUGGCCAAUCCAUUACCUGUGGUAGCCCAGGAAGAUUUGGAAAGCUUUACCUUGAGCAGGACAGGCUCAGGCUUUGCCCUCAAAGCCUUUCAUAUUUCCUGGAACACUCCCAUCUCUGUGAAGCUGCUGACCAGCCAGGACACUACAGACAGAGAGUGGAAGUUGCUACUUCAGGACAUAGCAAGUCUCAGACGCUGUGAGUCUGAAUGUCUCCUGCCUUUCCUUGGGAUUUACCAGUGCCAUGGACUUGUGGGGAUAGUGACUGAAUGGAUGAACAAUGGAUCCCUCCAAUCUCUCAUCCAUGAGCAUCAACUGUACCCAGAGCUUCCCUUUCCCUUACUCAUAAGGAUCCUGUCAGAUGUGGCUGAAGGGCUGCAUCAUCUUCACAGCCUUGAACCUGCCCUCUGCCACUGCAGCCUGAAACCUUCCAAUGUGCUUUUGGAUGUGCAGUACAGAGCCAAGAUAUCAGAUUAUGGCCUGACCAACUGGAGGAAACAGCAGCUGAGGUCAGACCUGCAGAACUGCCAGCAGAGAAACUGCCAGAAUUUAGUGUAUCUUCCUCCUGAAAUACUUGAAGGAGGCCUCCCUUCCCAGGAAGGUGAUAUUUACAGUUUUGGAAUCUUGUGUUGGGAGAGCCUCAGCAGACAGAAACCUUUUGAAGGUCAAGGAACCCUGCUUGAUGUUUUGAGAGGAAUCUGCAGCAGUUUGCGGCCAGGCAUUUCAGAAAAGUUCAUACCAAGCCAUUUGCCUGAGAGGAACAGACUGCUGCACCUCAUUGCUCUGUGCUGGCAUCAAGAACCAGAUUAUAGACCACAUACUGCAGAAUGUGUACACCUUCUAAACGGAGUUUUGACUAGUAUAAAUAAGGAGGUAAUUUCUGCAGCAAUCUACAGUUUGAUGGAUGCAAAGGAGAGAGCACUUAACGCAUGCAAAGGCUCAGAGACCUACACCCUGCAGAGAGGCACCCGCAAUUCCGAGAUCAUCUGUCCACAAAAAGGCAACCGCUUAAUCAGCAAGAAAAUUCCUCUUGUAGUGCCAAGCUUGUCAACUGUUCCACCUGAUAGCUGUGCAAAUAUAGCAGGAAGAGAUAAUAUUGAGAAGGGUGUGUCAAGUACUACCCCACAGAAUGCAACCAAAGAUCGCCCAGGCUCUGAGAGAAGAAAACCAAGCUCCUUUUGCACAAAUCCUUCAUCUGGCUCAAAUGCAGGCAAAGAGAGCAGUGAGCAUAACUCUCCAGCACUGGCUCUUCAGCACAGACCACAACCAAUGCACCUUGGACAAGCAGUGACAGGUCCUUGCAGCAAUGGAAACUGCUGUCAAAUCCUUGCCUGCCAGAGGCAGAGCAUACUGAGCUGCAUGACAGAGGGACUCCUCAACCACGUGCUGGACGUGCUGCGCUCUCAGCAGGCGCUGUCCCGAGCGGACUACGAGAGCAUCGCCUCCUGCCCCACCGUCACCGCCCGCGCCCGCGCCCUGCUGGACACCUGCCUCUGCCUCGGGGAGAGGGCAGCACAAGCUGUAGUGACUGCACUUUCAGUGAACAAGCGUAGUCCUCUGGGACAAGUCAUUCAUGCCCAGGCUGUCCUUCCAAGGUAAACAGGCUGUUGUUGUGACUGAUUUUUUUCACGGUCUGUUGUGUGCAUCUGAGCUCUGGUAAUUUGUGAUGGCAAAGAUUCACGUUGGUGUCUCGUGAGCCAUUGACCAAAGGCAAUUCUUCCUACAGCCCAUUAUUUGAGUACUGUAGUGGAAAAAGCAAUUGGAUAAAAAGGUCAAGUCAACUGCUGCCAGCAGAAAUUGCCAAGACUGGUAUAACAAAUGCUGAUUUGGACCUCAGAGAUGGGAAAAGUGCAAUAUGUGCCAGAGCAAACAGAGUUCAAGUGAGAUGACACCUUAUUUCCUUGGUUUUUUUCUUAUGAAGGGAGGAAAAUGAAUCAUUACUUUUUGGAGGUCACAGUAUGGAAGAAUGGCUAUUUAUAAAUACUUCCAAAUCAGGAUAAUGAACAACAGAAUACUGGAUGAGGAGAAAAAAUUGACUGCCUUUCACUGCACUCAUAUCUGAGCUGGCUGUUACAGUGAAAGGCUUCAGACAAUCAAGAAAUAUUUCUUCAGUAGUGCCUUAAGUAAGACUUGGAAGUUUUAUAUUAUGCAUAUAAAUUACUUCAUUUUCCUCACAAAUGGUCAUAUGAAAAUGUAGCAGUACUUUCAUCAGUACUUCAGAGAUGUGGGACUUGGAGUACUCAUUAAAGGAGAAACGUUAACACUUUACAUCCCUGUAUCUCUCUAAACAUGUCUGCAGCUCAAAUGUAAAAUUGAACCAGGCAGAAGAGGUGCCAAGAUGAUAAUUUUGAAAUGGUGCUUCUGCUGAACUGUUGUCAUGGUUGUAGUCUAAUGGGAGACAGCCUGGGAAUACUGGGAGGUUUUGUAGCUCUGGCCUGGACUCACCCAUGGUCACAGAUGCUUUGGAGUGUCCUGCUGCUGCUUGAACUCAUCCUCAGGUCAUGGACCCUUUGACUUGAGUUCACAUGGAGUUCCAGUCUGUCCAGGACAGCAGCACAGAAACACUGCUGUUAUCAGAAUGUUCCCAGGCACAGUGGAGGAAGAUGAUAAGUGGUACAACAGGCAGUGAAAACAACAGCCCAGCCACUAACGAGCACCAGACACUCGUGUACAGAAGGCAAACAAGGCCCAUGGCAAACACAGGAGUCUGUCAAUAGAUCAACAGCAACAGCAGCUACAAAUGUGAUCCAGCACAUUCCAGUAAAAUCUGUUGUUACCUUGAACCCUUCAAGCCUCACAUUGGAUGCUGAAAAGAACAUUUGUCCCAGUGAACAACUAUGCUCCCCAGCAGUAAAGUGAGAAAGUGUGUUGGUUGAGAGCCAGACAAUUUCACAGAGAAGCAAUUCCUUCAUUGCCUGUCUGGAACUACAUUCCCUAAACUGAGCUCAUGGUUGACUUGACAGAUGGUAUGUCAGCUGAGUUAAACAAAACUCCUGGAUUCUGAAGAGAAGGCAUGCAUGAGUUAAAGAACUUCUGGACUCCUUCAACCAGGAUGAAUUAAAUGGCAGUAAUUUAGAAUAGGAACUUAACCCUUAAAAUGUGGUAACACUCCAAAGUAUCUCAACACCUAUUUCCAACUGCUGUACUUGAACUUUCCACAAAGCAAAAGCAACAUUCAUACAAGCAGAAAGUGUGCCUGAAUUUUACCCUUUCAGAAGUAACCUGGCUGUACUUUAGAGAGUUCUGUACAGUUUGUUCUUUCUUUAGAUACCAAGAAAAAAAUGCCAUAUUAGUUAACAGAACGACUACUAACAAUACAUUUGUUGUCCUUUUGCCAAAAAGGGACUCAAAGGGUUUUUUCCAGUUCAUUAGAACAUUACCUGGUGGAGGGACAAAAUGAGAAAAGUAACUAAGAAAUACACCUGGAAAAUAUUUUUAAAAACCCCAAUUGUAUGAGAAUUUUGACCUUGUAACAGCUGCAAAAUAUGUUCCCAAGAAAGUUGUUUUUAUGCCACUUCCAUGUGCUGUGAUAGGCUCAUGUCACAGAAGCCCAGGGAUGUGGAAGGAGAGCAUGAGGAGGGGAGUGCCUGCCUGCUCCCCUGUGUGUGCCAGGUGCCAAAGGAGCUAUUCCUUGGUUUGCCAUUCCCUGCAGGCAGAGCUGGAGCUGUUAGAGAACAGUGCUCACCUCUGAGCAUGGACUGAGCAGAACCCAGAAGAGAGGAAAGCUUGAUAAGCAGUGAGGAAACCUCAUGUUAGGGACAAGCUGAUAAAAUUGUGUGUGUUUGGUCUAGCAAACAGGAGAUGAAGGGCACACAACAGAGUCUGGAGCACAGGCAGUGAACAUGCAGUGAGGAAAUAGCACCUGGUCUGUUCUUGUGCCUUGUCAUUCUGGACUGGCUUUCAAGCAGGGGCUUAAAAAAGAUUUAAAGGCCAUCAUGAAGACAGGCUCCUUCCCCAUACCCAGAGAAAUUAGCAAUAUUCAUGGAACUUUCUUUUACCUAUCAAGCCUUCUUUAGGUGACAAAAUUCAUGCAAACAACACUGAUUUACUAAACCUUUUCCCUCAGCCUGUCUAGUUUAUUUAUGCAAACUAUAAAUAUUUGAAGUGAUUUAAGGGAAAAAGUAACGUGUUUUUGCUUGGAACUAAAUAACAUGGAUAGUUAUAACUGCCCUUUAACUCAAUCACUAUUCAUUCCACUAACACCCACCUGUGAAGGCAUGGGUCUGUUAUCAGGUCAGCUGUUGGGACAAUGGGAUAGAGGUAACUUGAAUUCAAGAGCCCUGGAUAUUAUUUCCACCCUUUACAGUGUUGCUAUGAAUUCUUAAAAGAAAAUACGGCUCUCCUACAUUUUUUACUUAACAGCAGAUCAUGGCUGGUCAUAUUCUCUCAAAUAUAAUGAAAAUGUUUCCAUUUUUAUUAAAAUGCAGUCUUUAUCCAGCAAGAUUUCUGUCCAGUCCAUUAAAUGUUUGCUGAGAGAGCUACUUCACAUUCAUGUAUUUUCUUCCCUGUUUUCUCAUGCAACCACAGGAACAUAAAACAAGAACCUCUUAUGACAUAUUCAAAUGCAAAUGAAAUAACAGAAAAAAAAAAAAGGGUUGUUACUUGUGCUGAAUGGGUGUGACCUCACAGAGAAAUUCAGUUGUUUUUCUGACAGACUGCAUGUCUUGGACAGGUUUUAUUAAACACUGUAUGAGACUAAAAGAUUUACAGCCAAAGAAAUAUUUCAACUCAGGGAGGCUUUCUGCAAAACAAGGCAUUGCUCUGCUCUCCUCCCUUCUGCUCUGACUCCUGCAGAGCUGGUUCAAAUGCAGUCUGGCAACUCUGGCUAAAACCUUUUCUCUCCACUCCAAUCGAUCAUGUACUGGUAUUCAAACCUGCAGAUUUAUUUGUUUACAGAAAACUCUCCCUUAUAUAGAGAAUUUAUGAAAUGAACAAGAGAGGAGAGAUUUGGAUGCUGUUUUAUAUUAUGUCUUUCAAACUCAAGUUAUAUUUAAUUUUCUGUAAGAUAUAUGAUAGCAUUUUAACUCCUCAGCUGUUACAUUUUGAUGUGUUAAGUAAGAAUGUUUUCCUGUUUUCUAUUUACUAGCAUAUCAAUAUAGCAAUUUAAUGAAUUCUUCAAAUCAGAGAAGCAUUUAGAUUGAAAAGACCUUUAAGAUCAUUGAGUCUAACUGUAAACCUAACACUGCCAAGUUCACUGCAUUCUUAGUCUGAGACUAUUUAUUUUGGUUUAAAUCUUAUGGUAACUGUCAUCUUCUUCACCCAAAUUAGACCCCAUCAGUGAAAGCUGCCAUUUCUUGUUCAGUAUUCUUUUUGUCCAUCUUCAGUAGCAAGAGAAGGAGCACCUGGCCUGUGGCCAGGACUCUCCUGCUUGUAAAAGUGCCAAGGAACUGUCCCAGUCACUGUGCACAGACACAGCUGCAGAGGGAAAGGUGCACUCACAGCAUUUGAGACUUCAAUAUAUGCUUGGGCAUGUAGACAGGAUUAUUCUUGUUUGUUUUUAAUCACAGGUGUUUUUCUUGGACAAAGCCUUUUUAAGGAACAAAAUAAAAGGCAAUUAUCAGGGUUUCACAGCUGUAAUUUUACUGUAUGCUAUACAUUGGAUUUAACUCUAACAGCAUGCAAUGUAGCUGGCUCCCAAUUGCUUCAGUACAAACCCCUAAUCUGAAUCUUUGGGUUUUGUUUUAAUGACACAACCUCAUAGUUAUCUACAAUGUAUGUCAUUCUAGCACAGAAUAAUACAAAAUAACAAUUUCCCCAAUGAUACAACAUUUCAGCAAUAAAAUGUGUCCUUUGUAGUAAGGACAAACACAGAGUUGUUUGUGAAGUGUGACACCGAGUACCCUACGUGGCCAAGUGACCGAUGUGUGGGGUGAGGACACUUGCAGGACUCCAGCCAUAAGGUUUGUUGCACAAGAUGACGCUGAUGACCCAUCUUAACAAAUAACUUGGCCAUCUCCUAUAUGUGGAAGAGGUCUUCCACAUUUUCCUGUACUAGUGACACUGGGGUAAAAAUAACUCCCUGACCUCCAGAGUGUAAUGUGACACACGAGGUUUAGUUUCCUUUAUCCUCCCGCCUAAGCUCCAACAGUAAAGCCCAAGUGUUUGCUCUCACUUUAUUUAGUCUUCCAGACUCAUGUAAAAGUAAAGACUACAGUUUCACCAAUGUCACCAAUAAGUGAUCAUGUGUCAUUAAAUCUAUGUUACUGGUAUUCAGAAUGUUCAUAGCCUGUGGGAUUUCAGCUAAGAAACACAAGUACUAAAAAACCUAGUAGUAAACUUUAACAAAAGUAAAUACUUUCUUCUGGAACUAAAGUAUACCUGUAAGUGUCUGAAGCACAGCUUUCAGUGUUUUCAAAAGUUCGAUUUAUGGCACUUCACAGUAUGUGACUAGGAAUCUGAAAAGGCUUUUCAUAGUUCUGGGGAUCUUGCAUAACUUGAGAAACUCUUGGUAGUUCUUAAUUAGUCCACUACGUUUUGCUCUGUGGGACACUGUACAUACCAAGUAAUCAAGAGCCAAGUGGGGAACAAAGGAGCAAAGUGCAAAACACUCACAAAUAACCUGCUGAGAAAUCAUUUCUGAAAAGUUAGCAAAGUCAACCAUAAUUUUAAUUUUAGGGCUGGAUGCCUUCUAAUAAUAGCAAAGAGUGGAUUUGAAAUUGGAACAACUAUGCUGGCAGACAAAAGACUGAUAAACCCAUUAAUAGGGCUAUCCUAUUUACUGCAAAGGCAAAGGUACUGGCAAUAAAGCCCUACUCUUAAAGAUUCUUUUAGCAUUAAGAUAUUUUACAUCUCAAUUCUUAAGGUAUACUUUUAAAUAGUGAGACAUUCUGAAAAUCUUGCUCAUGGAACAUGGAGCCCUGGGCAAGAACUUAAGUGAAAACUUCAAAGGUGUUCUGAUCUUAUGUUUGUGAAACAAAAUGGUUUUCUUUCUUUUACAAGGCACGCUAAUUAGAACUUAUUUGUCACUCUUACCACAUAUACACUAGUCUGUUCCCCUUAGAGGCAAAAUGUAUGAGAUCAACAUGUAUUGACAUUUGAUUAGCACACACUGUGCAGAAUCUAUACAGAAAGGUCUUUGAGAUUAUUUUUUUGAAAACUUUGGAUCAAAUACAACUACAGAAUCCCCCAGAAGUCUGAAAAUUUAGGGAAUAAAGGCUGUCCUUACUUCUGUUCAUCCAACAACUGUUCCUACACUGUAAAGUAUUGUGUUAUUAUAAGGUCUCUAAAUAAAAUAGCAGAGGACUUUUAUUAAA